ACAUCGAAACUAGCCAGGAUCAUGAAUACCCUAUAUUGGAAACUACCCGUCUCAACGUCACAUACGGAAAAAAUAAUUUUCUACAAAUUCAUAAACUCAUUUAAAAAUUAUUUUACUAAAAACACCCCUCCGGUGCGCUGUUUAUUUUUUCAAUUAUCGACGCAAGAACGCAUGUCAUUAAAGUUGAGAUAAAAUCUUUGGAGUGAAAGUUUCGCCUGGAGAUAAUUGAAAAAAAAAAACUGGAUUUAAAAAAAAAAUUGAAAUAGAGGUUUCCUUACGGAAUAUGCAUUUGUGAAAAUGCUUCAGAAAGCGAACAAACAGUUGCUGUGCAAAAUAACAUUUUGGGUAAAUGGGCUUUGUGUUUUGUUUUUCAUCAAUGCACUUAUGACUGACAUGUUUGGAGUACGGAAUACCAUUUCGAGAUCAACGACAGACAGCAUGUUGUUAUCAACCACAAACAGCAAUUCUUCAUCAGCUACAAACAAAAGAUCGGCAAAAGACAGUAAACCGUCUUUAGCAGUAGACGCACGCUCCCCAACAGACACUAAACCUUCUUUAACAAAAAAUGUACGCGCUCCAACAGACGCACAGUCACCAACAGACACGAAGCAUUCAUUGGCAACGGAUACAUUUUCAAGGAGAAACAAAACAACACACAUCGCUUUUCUCAAAGUACACAAAGCUGGAUCGACAACCAUUCAGAACAUGUUAUUUAGAUUCGGAAUGAAGCAUCAUUUGAACAUCAUUCUCCCAUUUUCAAACAACCAGUUGAAGACUAAAGCAAAAGAAAUGCCUAUAACAGCUGGUCAGCAUAAUGACAUAUUUGCCCUCCAUACAACUUAUAAUAAAGAUUUUUUCGACAGUUUACUCCCGGCCGAUUAUGUCAAUAUAGGGAUCGUGCGCGAACCGCUUAGCAGAAUGAUCAGCGCAGCAUAUUAUCACCGUGACGUGUACCAGGUCAAAUACCUCAGGCAAGUCCCACGCGCAAACUUUAUUCACAAUUUAGUGAACUACCCCGAAAAGUACGACCGUGUGAUCUUUUCACAGACGCGAAAUACAAUGGCUAGAGAUUUUGGAUUUUCAGCCAAAUGGGAACAGACGGAUGAAAAAACAAUUAAGAAAUAUUUGGAUGAACUUAAUUCACAGUUCCUCUUUGUUAUGAUUAUGGAGAAAAUAGAUGAAUCGUUAGUUUUUCUGCGUCGUCUGCUAAACUGGUCCUUAGCCGAUAUUCUGUACCUUAAGACGAACGAACACAAACACGCACCCGUUAUUCUAAAUAAAACCGAACAAGCUAAAUUAAGGAGAACGUCUUCAUUCGAUUUUGACAUUUACGAAUAUUUUACCAAGAUUUUCAACGAAAAAAUAAAUGGAGUGUCACCUGACUUUUGGGAGGAAGUGACAUAUUUCAAAGAAUUGAUUCAAGGAGUUAGUAAAUUUUGCCACGAUCCUAAAAACCUAGAAGCUGAGGGAAAAUUACUAGAAGUUAAGCCAACAAAAUGGGAUAAUUCCUUUCACGUGUCCAGCUCAGACUGUAAGUGGAUGAGUAUGAAAGAAUUGCCAUUUAUAGAAAAGCUGCGAAAUAGACAUCGCAGAAGGCAUAAUUUAAAAUAAAGCAACCACGAACCAUUAGAAAUGUGUACAUAUGAUAUUUGUAUUUAUUAUCUAAGAUCUUUCCCUUGUAUGUAAUGGUAAUAAUAAAAUAUCCAACACACAAAUGAUUCAGUGGAGUUUUGGGAAUUACUGUAAAACACUUUUUAAUUUGCGAUAUCUUAUUUUGCAAUAUGCGCGCGUUAUUUGGCAAGCUUGCCGCGCAGUUAAUAGGUUGUGUAUUCCAAUGUAUUUGUAGUUUCCAC